AGAGACUACCAAUUUAAGUUACGGUUUGAAUAUAUCGACUCAUACUAAUGCCACGUACCGACCACCCAAACAACAACUAUUAACAGUCAGCGUCAGUGAGCUGUUUUCAACCUGUGCAUCGAUCAAAUGGUUGCAGAUUUUCGUGUGUUCACGAAGGUUUAGAGUCACGUGGUUCACGUUGACCCAAUAGAAUAACGAUGAACUGAGCUCCUGAUGGGAAUAGCUUUUAAUGACCAACAAAACGAAUUAGUCAUUCGCCAAAAACAAUCCGAUCUUUGGAUACAUUUCGGGACCGAAAGCACAAUAGCUGUUUGAUGAAUAUUUUGACGGGAAAAAAACACAGCAAAGGAUCGUGGCGUCGCCUAUCGAUUGGGUGUGAGUAUUGUAAGUAAAACCAGUUCUGUGGGUUCACCUACCUUUUGGCCAUUAGUUUUUCUUUAUAGUGUAGGUAAAUGGAGAACGAAAAAUGAUGCGAUUUUUUGUUUUUGUUUUGCUCUAUUAAAACAACUAACAUCAAAGCUUUUCUUUUGAAAAAAGAAAGUAAUUGAAAACUAAAAACGGCUGGUAUUUGAUGUACUUUCAUGACUUUAAUCUACACAAAUCUGGAAACAAAAUGCAAUCGUAAUUUUUCAACCUAGAUAGAUAAUUUAAGCCAGUCUUCAGAAAUGUUCUGUUCUCCCUUGUGGCGCAAAUGAUCGAGGCUUUUGACGUUACUGGCAUGGGUUGGGUGUAAUUCACCUCCACUGCGAUGGUGGCGUUCGAGGGUUAAUAUCAUUUUUGUUGCACCGGAUAUGAACAUACCCGAUUGGCUUUCCCUUAAAUUAGAUUAGGGUGACCAGACGUCGUACCAGUGUUGCUUCCCAAAAAAUUGUGUCCUCUUUUUCAGAAAUCCAAAUCUGGUCACCCUAAUUAAAAUCAAGUAAUUGGGUGGGCCAUGUAAAGUGGGGUUUUUUUUUCAGCUUCAGCUGUUGUACGAUGCGCUUUACCAAUAAAUAUGUAUUGUAUGCAAAAAAAAUUAAAUAUAGAAAGCACAGGCACGCUAAACAUUUGAUUUCUUGAUCUUGCCUCACAAUUCCAAAAACGGUGACAGUGCAUAGCUCAACAUCCUCGUCUCCCAUUGGACUCGAAUGGAGCAUAGCAAUUUCUGAUUGGGCGAGCGGCACUGGUUCUUCCGUGUAGUAGAUCUCCGAGGGCGACUGACCGACAGAUUCAUCAUCAACAGUGAGGACAACAGGGGUCACAAUGUCUUUCAGAGAUUUGAGAAGUAAGCCAUCCUCACCAUCUGACACAAACCAAACCCAAGAAAUGUGAAUGUUUUUGCACUCUUGUUUCACAGAAAUGAUGAGAGCGUUGGGCUAUCCCCGCUUGAUUUCAAUGGAGAAUUUCCGAACACCUAACUUCAAUCUGGUGGCAGAAAUCAUGUUAUGGCUCGUUAAAAGAUAUGAACCUCAGAUGGAUAUUCCUCCAGAUGUAGAGACAGAGUCGGACAGAGUAUUCUUCAUAAAGGCCGUGGCUCAGUUCAUGGCAACCAAAGCGCACAUCAAGCUGAACACCAAGCGCCUCUACCAGGCUGACGGCUAUGCAGUCAAAGAGAUGAUAAAGAUCACAUCAGUGCUGUACAGCGCGAUAAAGACCAAGCAGAUGGGGCUGGAAGAUCAAGUUGAAGAGGACAGCAACAAGUUUAAGUUUGACAUUAGUUCACGGAUUUCUGACCUCAAAGAAGCUCGGCACCUAGCCUCGGAGGUCACGUCAAAAGGAGCAUCUUUGUAUGAUUUACUGGGCAAGGAGGUGGAACUUAGGGAAAAGAGAACUGCGGCCAUUGCGAGACCUCUGGAGAUCGAUGUGACUGAAAAGGCUCUGAGAGUAGCCAUCAGGGAGGCCUUGGAAACGGUGGAGAAAACCAAAGAAAUGCUGAAUAACAUUGUGUCUGAUGAAGCCAAUCUAGAUGCCAAAAUAGAAAAGAAGAAACAGGAACUAGAGAGAAGUCGGAAGAGACUUCAAACGCUGCAGAGUGUGCGACCAGCUUUCAUGGACGAAUAUGAAAAGAUCGAAGAAGACCUGCAGAAGCAGUAUGAAAUCUACGUGGCAAAGAUUAAAAACCUUUGUUUCUUGGAGUCCCAACUCGAAGAUUACCAUCAGCUGGAGCAAGAACGGUUUGAGGAAGCUGAAAACACUCUGAGGAUGAUGCAGCAAAAUCUGAAGGAGGAGGACAGAGAUCUAAUGAGGAGCUCAUUGAAAGAUGUGGACUCCGACAUGGAUGUUCUUGAGGAUGAAGGUGACAGUGAUUUGGAAGAGUCUCGACCCUCGAAUCCGCGGCCCACUCGAAAUGGCUCGAUGGCUGCCAAACAGAUGAGCGAUUUGUUCAGAAGAGGAACAAGAUUCACCGGGAACAUGCAGGGGGGUGACAGUGAUGAGUCAGAAGACAGUGAGAUAGAAGUGGAUGAAGAUGAUGAAGAGGAGGAAGGCGAGGAUGAGAGCAAAGAAUUAGAUGAUGACAGUUUGGAGGACGGUGUGGCCAGAGCCCCUCGCUCCUCCAGAGGACGCACGAGACCCCCUCUUUUCGACGAGAGUGACAAUGACUUCUGAACUACAAAAACAAAUGUUUAUUUCUACUCAAAUACAGAUGUGCUCUGUCAUAUAUUCUAUUUUGUAUUUUAGCUCAUCGUAGAUGUUAUUUUUUGUUGUAUUGACUCGUAACAUUUAAAGAUUUCAUUAUGGGAGCACA